GCUCCGCGGCCGUUCGAGUAGAGGCGGCGGCGGCGGCGGCAGUGGCUCGGUGCCUCCUUUCCCUCCGGCGGCUUCCCCGCGCGCUGCCCAGGGCGCCCGGCCGCGCAGGGAUACACGCGGUCGGCUCCGCUAUGGCCCGCACCCCGCGACGUGGCGGGCGGGCACGGGGGCGCCGGACGGCGCGGCCCGAGUGAGGCGGGGCCGCCCUCCCCGCCCUCGGCCGGGACCGCCCGGGAUGGCCGUGCCGCCGCUCCGCCGGGCGCUGCUGCUGUGGCAGCUGCUGGCUGCGGGCGGCGCGGCGCUGGAGAUCGGCCGCUUCGACCCGGAGCGCGGGCGCGGGCCGGCGCCGUGCCAGGUGGUGGAGAUCCCCAUGUGCCGCGGCAUCGGCUACAACCUGACCCGCAUGCCCAACCUGCUGGGCCACACGUCGCAGGGCGAGGCGGCCGCCGAGCUGGCCGAGUUCGCGCCGCUAGUGCAGUACGGCUGUCACAGCCACCUGCGCUUCUUCCUGUGCUCGCUCUACGCGCCCAUGUGCACCGACCAGGUCUCGACGCCCAUCCCCGCCUGCCGGCCCAUGUGCGAGCAGGCGCGCCUGCGCUGCGCGCCCAUCAUGGAGCAGUUCAACUUCGGCUGGCCGGACUCGCUGGACUGCGCCCGGCUGCCCACGCGCAACGACCCGCACGCGCUCUGCAUGGAGGCGCCCGAGAACGCCACGGCUGGCCCUACCGAGCCCCACAAGGGCCUGGGCAUGCUGCCCGUGGCGCCGCGGCCCGCGCGGCCCCCCGAGGACGCCCUCCCGGGCGCCGGCGGCACCUGCGAGAACCCGGAGAAGUUCCAGUACGUAGAGAAGAGCCGCUCGUGCGCGCCGCGCUGCGGGCCAGGCGUCGAGGUGUUCUGGUCGCGGCGCGACAAGGACUUCGCGCUCGUCUGGAUGGCCGUGUGGUCAGCGCUGUGCUUCUUCUCCACCGCCUUCACCGUGCUCACCUUCCUGCUGGAGCCUCACCGCUUCCAGUACCCGGAGCGCCCCAUCAUCUUCCUGUCCAUGUGCUACAACGUCUACUCGCUGGCCUUCCUCAUCCGGGCCGUGGCGGGGGCCCAGAGCGUGGCCUGCGACCAGGAGGCGGGUGCGCUCUACGUGAUCCAGGAGGGCCUGGAGAACACGGGCUGCACCCUCGUCUUCCUGCUGCUCUACUACUUCGGCAUGGCCAGCUCGCUCUGGUGGGUGGUGCUGACCCUCACCUGGUUUCUGGCUGCAGGCAAGAAAUGGGGCCACGAGGCCAUCGAGGCCCACGGCAGCUACUUCCACAUGGCGGCCUGGGGCCUGCCAGCCCUCAAGACCAUCGUUAUCCUGACCCUGCGCAAGGUGGCGGGGGAUGAGCUGACUGGGCUCUGUUACGUGGCCAGUAUGGACGCGGCGGCGCUCACGGGUUUCGUGCUGGUGCCCCUCUCCUGCUACCUGGUGCUGGGCACGAGCUUCCUCCUGACUGGCUUUGUGGCCCUCUUCCACAUCCGCAAGAUCAUGAAGACUGGGGGCACCAACACGGAGAAGCUGGAGAAGCUCAUGGUCAAGAUUGGUGUCUUCUCCAUCCUUUACACCGUGCCGGCCACCUGUGUCAUUGUGUGCUACGUCUACGAACGCCUCAACAUGGACUUCUGGCGCCUGCGGGCCACGGAACAGGCCUGCUCGGCGGCCACCACGCCUGGCGGCCGGAGGGACUGCUCGCUGCAAGGGGGCUCGGUGCCCACCGUGGCUGUCUUUAUGCUCAAAAUCUUCAUGUCGCUGGUGGUGGGCAUCACCAGUGGCGUCUGGGUGUGGAGCUCCAAGACUUUCCAGACCUGGCAGAGCCUGUGCCACCGCAAGAUGGCAGCUGGCCGGGCCCGGGCAAAGGCCUGCCGGGCCCCUGGGGGCUAUGGCCGGGGCAGCCACGGCCACUAUAAGGCCCCCACUGUGGUCUUGCACAUGACUAAGACAGAUCCUUCUCUGGAGAACCCUACACACCUCUAGGGACACAGGCCUGCGUGGGGCGGCUGUGGCCCCCUCCUCGCCACUCCCUCCGGAGGAGACAGCUGACUAGCAGCUGCCCAGCUGUCAAGGUCAGGCAAGUGAGUGCGAGGGGCCGAGGAGCAGGGCUGGGAGCCUCCUUCAACCCUCACUCGUUGGGACCCACUGAAGCUACUCCCCUGUUGCAUAGUGCAAGGGGGUGGGCCUGGCUGAGUCCCCACCGGGACCUGGGGGAGCACGUGGAGAGGAGGAGGGGCAGAAGGGGGUGUGGUCCAGCAGAGUUUAUUUAAUGAUGUAAUUUAUUGUUGAGUUUCUCUGGAAGCUGUGACUGGAAUAAACCCCCAUGUGGCA